UUAGUCGCAGUGCUGUUUACUUACUAUUUUUAAAUAAUAUAAAUAAUAUAACCAUCAUCACAUCACUAGAACCACCAACAUCCACCAUGGGUAUCGCAUCAGGAGUCGGCCACUUCUUCGAAUCGAUCAUCGAACUGAUCCAAGGGUUCCUCGGAGCCAUCGUCAGCAUAUUCGAAUGGGUGAUUAACUCCAUCAUCGGCGUCUUCCAAUCCUUCGUCCACUUCGUAGAGGGGACUCUUGGUUUCGCCAUUCACAAUUUCUUCAUCCUUGGCACCGUGGCUGCUGCUGUGUUCGCAUACAUGCUUUACACGCAGCGACAAGGGACCGCGCCGAUCAGUCGGUCGGUUAGGAGUAAGACGUCUUAAGUGUGCGCAGCGCUUCGUGAGGGUUCAAGCAAUUUUUUAGUCCUGCUUCUUUUGUAUACCUAAGUGCCUCCAUUGAGAAAGAGCGGGGUACUUAUGAAUAGCCCAUUUUGAUUUCGGGA